AUGCACGUCCUCACCGCCUUGGCAACCGCCGCAACCGCCGUCAUCGCCGCUGCGGUCCCCUCGGACUCGACCUCGUUGAACCACCACGGUUCUAUCAACGAACGUAGCGCGCAAGAGGUCAUCUCCAAGCUCAACCUCACGGCCAACCCGGAAAAGGGCUACUUUGUGCAGACGUUUAUCGAUACGGAGCUCAUCAACGGCAAUCGCUCCGCGUCGACGGCCAUUUACUACCUGCUCGAGGGGUCCGCCGGCGACUCGGUGUGGCACCGCGUCAACGCCGCCGAGGUCUGGCACUAUUAUACCGGCGCGCCGCUCACGCUGUCGCUGAGCUGGGACGACGGCAAGCCCGUGGAAAAGCAGGUUCUCGGUCAGAACAUUUUCGGGGGCGAAAGCCCGCAGGUGAUAAUUCUCAAGGAUCAGUGGCAGAGCGCAAAGUCGCAUGGCAACUGGACGCUGGUGGGCACUACCGAGACUAAUAAAGGGUAA